AUGACAACUUCCGCGCCUGACGGUUUCCAGCAUCUCUUUGCAAAGGUGGACGAACUUGAGAGCCACUUUAUCAACCGCUUGCGCAGGGCUAUUCGGAUCCCAUCUAUAUCAGCAUAUUCGGAGUCACGUGAAAAAUGUUUUGAGAUGGCCCAGAUGCUCCAGGAGGAGAUGACUCUUCUGGGAAUUCAAGUUCAGCUCAAGGAUAUAGGCUAUGAGAAGCACACAGGGCUAAAGCUGCCUCCAAUUGUUUUAGGACGUUACGGGCAAGACCCCAAGAAGCCUACCAUUCUCGUGUACUGCCAUUACGACGUCCAGCCCGCCGAGAAGUCUGAUGGUUGGUCGACGGAUCCCUGGGAGAUGACGACCGAGGACGACGGCCGCUUGUGUGGGAGGGGAACAUCAGAUGACAAAGGUCCCUUGUUAUGCUGGCUCAACGCCAUUGAGGCGUUCCAGGCAGCUGGGAUGGAUGUGCCAGUAAACCUACUCUUCUUGUUUGAGGGCAUGGAAGAAAACGGCUCAACCGGUUUGCGAGCCGCCCUCGAGGAAGAGGCUAGCCAGUUCCUCGCCGACGUGGAUGCCAUCUGUAUCAGUGAUCUCGUCUGGGCAGGAAACACAUAUCCUAGCAUCGCCCAAGGUCUUAGGGGGGUUUUGUUCUACGUACUCGACGUCACUGGUGCAGAAAAGGAUGCCCACAGUGGUUCCUUCGGGGGCGUCCUCUCGGAGCCAAUGUCAGAUUUGGCAAGCGUCAUGUCUUCUAUGGUGGACUCGAAAGGCAGAAUCCUUAUUCCAGGCAUAUACGAUACGGUGCGACCAGUAACUGAUGAAGAAAAGGAUCAAUGGGAGAAGUUGGGGCUCUCAGAAGGGGAUCUUGUGGAUUCUAUCAACGGUCGGAGCUUACAUAGCGAUCUCAUCGAAGGCUUAGUUCAUCGAUGGAGAAAGCCAUCGCUGAGCCUUCAUAGGCUGGAGAACGCAGCUCCCGGGGCAGGUGCGACGACUUCUAUUCCGGCCAAGGUCAGGGGAAAGUUCAGCAUCCGGACUGUCCCAGACAUGGACUCUGCUGAAGUGGACAAGUUGGUACAGCAACACAUCAACACUCAGUUCCGAAGCCUGGGCAGCAAGAAUAGCCUGCAGAUUAACUGCGUCCACCAGAGCGAUUGGUUCUUCGAAGACAGUUCUCACUGGAGUUACCAAGCCGCAAUCAAUGCGACCCGCAACGUAUGGGACCACGAGCCUGGUCUUUCGUGUGAGGGGGGCAGCAUCCCUAUUGCAUUGGAUUUGAAACAGGUUCUGAAGAAGAAUGUUCUCCUGCUUCCUAUUGGGCGGGCAGGAGACGGUGCUCACUCCAUAAAUGAAAAGCUGGACAAAAUUAACUAG